UUGCCUGGGAGUUUUAGUUUCAACUUUUUGUCAUGGGAAAGGAGUUGUGGGGACAUGUUGAUGGGAGUGAUCCAGCACCUACCGAUCCUAAGACGUUGGUUCAAUGGAAGGUGAAAGAUGCUCGCGUGAUGACUUGGAUUCUUGGGUCUAUUGAUCCACUGCUUACACUCAAUUUAAGGUCGCACAAGACGGCUAAAUCGAUGUGGGAGUACUUGAAAAAGGUUUAUCAUCACGAUCAUUCCGCCCGGCGAUUUCAGUUGGAAACUGAUCUUGCUGCCUAUUCCCAAGCUCUGGAAUUGAUCAAGUCUGUACAAGAACAUCGAAAGAAGAUAUCAUUGGCUCUCUUAGAACAAGCUAAGGAGAUUUGUUCUAAACAUGGGGUAGUUGCAGUGACGAUUACAGAGGUGGGAGACCCAAAAGGAAUCAUAUGUGAAGCUGUCGAGAAGUUCAAAAUUGAUUUACUUAUUUUGGGUAACCAUGGCCGCGGCGCUCUACAGAGGGCUUUUCUUGGGAGUGUGAGCAAUUACUGCAUGCAACAUGCCAAGUGUCCCGUUCUCGUUGUGAAGAAACAGACAUAAAAGACAGUUUGUUCCCAUUUCCAACUGGAAGAAAAUGUUGAAACAUAUCUGC